AGCUGAUUAAAAAUUCCUGCGCGCACAGCCGGAAAUCGCACCAUCCUCUCUUUUCUUUCCACUUUUUACUUUAUUUUAGGUUCUCCACUCCGCCAGGACAUCGGCUGUCGCGGGUGGCUGCCUUCAACACUCGACAUGCGGGUUAAAUCGUCUUGUUUUGGGGGUAUUUUCUUUUGAAAUGAGGAGGAGAAAGGGAAAGCACAGGCAGCACCAGCAAGGGGAGUGAUGAGUCAAUACAACUCAUAAUUUAAUGGGGACACAGAGGGGGAAAGCGAGAAAGAAAGAAGAGCUCCCGUCCGGACGUUAAUCAAACCAGCAGAAAGAACACAUAUCGCAAGCAGAUGUUAUGCAUCCAUAGCAAGCCUUAACUCGACAUUGGAAAGUAAAUCGCACUUUUUAACAUGGGUGUGCAUAUCGUUGCGCCAUCGUCUCUACAUGAGAUAGCAGAUCAUUGUCGAUUUUUUUUUUCUAGAGAAGCCGAAUUUAUUUAAUAUACGUUAUUUUUGUAUGCGUUUAUACAUCAGGAUUGUUCGCGACUGGUAGAAAUAACAGAUUUCAGCACCGCUUACCACUAUCCGAUGUUCUAUUCACGAACGACUGACUGAUAAUCGUGGUGGAUACAUUGUGUUAACUCGUUGCACUUGUAACCGAUGGACUAUGCCCGAGACAGUUAGCCAGUUUAUUGUAUCAGGUGUUAUUUUCCUCCGCUACUUCUAAUAAGACGUAAGAAUGACUAUUUUUCCAGUGAGCAAAUAAUUCGAUUUAUUUAGGCUAUACUGUACAUACUUAAUUCCUUACCAAUGUUAUCGUAUCCCAGUCUGUCUCGACGUCUUCUUUUAUAUAGAUUUGGGUUGCUCUUUUGUAUAUCAACCUUUCAUCUCUCAAAAGAAGAACACAUUUCUGUAGAGGACCUAUCAUUUAAAAUUAGAAAGCAUCAGACAUUGAAGUUGUCUUUCCCUUGACAAAACUUGAAGAAGGCAUCGUUCACCAAGACUGCAUUAUAUGCUUUCGAGUUUUGACGUGCUGAGUUUCAGGUGAUAGUGAGCAGAGGUGCUGAGAAUGAUGGACCAUCUCAGCGAGGCGUGCCUGGGGAAGGAGAACUGUGACCUGGUCAACAGCAUGGGCGACCGCGACUCCAAGGCCCCCCCAGCCAAGCUGGCCCGGCUGGAACAGAACGGCAGCCCCGUGGGCAGGGCCCGCCUGGGCAGCACGGGGGCCAAGCUGGCCGGGGUACCCUACAAACCCUCGGGACACCUCCUCAAGAACUGCCACAAGAGGGGCAACAUGCUCCCUGUGUUCUGCGUGGUGGAGCAUUACGAGAGCCCCAUCGAGUUUGACAGCAAGGAGGAGCACGCCGAGUUUGUGCUGGUCAGGAAAGACAUGCUGUUCAACCAGCUCAUCGAGAUGGCCCUUCUGUCACUGGGCUACUCGCACAGCUCGGCGGCACAGGCGAAAGGUCUCAUUCAGGUGGGCAAGUGGAACCCGGUCCCACUGUCCUACGUGACGGACGCGCCGGACGCCACCGUGGCAGACAUGCUGCAGGACGUGUACCAUGUGGUCACGCUGAAAAUUCAGCUGCACAGUUGUCCUAAACUGGAGGACCUGCCGCCAGAGCAGUGGACCCACUCUACAGUAAGAAAUGCCCUCAAGGAGUUACUCAAAGACAUGAACCAGAGCUCUCUGGCAAAAGAAUGUCCCUUAUCACAGAGUAUGAUCUCCUCCAUUGUGAACAGCACUUACUAUGCAAAUGUGUCGGCGGCGAAGUGUCAGGAAUUUGGGCGCUGGUAUAAACAUUUCAAGAAGACAAAAGAUAUGAUGGGCAUGCGCCAACCCUCGCAGCUGGAGGGCUACCUGGGGACGUGUGUCCUCCACGACAGCCCGCGUGGCAACACACUAGGCCCGAGGAAGAGGUCAUGUCUAGGAUGCUCCUUACAAGCAGACAUGGACGGCCUGUCCGACCACUCCCCUCCGGGCCCCAACCACAACCAUCUGACCUUCUCCCAGCAGCCCAUCCCGGGCAGCACGGCCGAGCAGCCCCCCUCCUCCCCGGUUCUCCCCCUGCCCCCUCCGUCCCACAGUGGGGGCCAGACGCCCGGCCGCCCGGCUCAGCUCCCCCCUGGCCUGCAUCAUCCUGGAUUGGUGUCCACCCCCAUUAGCCCCCAGCUGGUGAACCAGCAGUUAGUCAUGGCCCAGAUUCUCAACCAGCAGUAUGCCGUCAACCGGCUCCUGGCACAGCAGUCGCUGUCGCAGCAGUACCUCAACCACCCACCGGUCAACCGAAACUCCCUGACCAAGCCACUGGAGCCCCAGGUAGCCAGCAACACCGAGGUGUCCAUGGAGAUAUACCAGUGGGUGAGGGACGAGCUGAAGAGGGCCGGCAUCUCCCAAGCCGUGUUCGCCCGCGUGGCUUUCAACAGGACCCAGGGCCUGCUGUCUGAGAUCCUGCGUAAAGAGGAGGAUCCUAAGACGGCCAGCCAGUCUCUGCUGGUCAACCUGCGGGCCAUGCAGAACUUCCUGCAGCUGCCCGAGGCCGAGCGAGACCGUAUCUACCAGGACGAGAGGGAAAGGAGCCUGACGGCUGCCUCGGCCAUGGGGCCUGCGCCACUCAUCAGCACCCCGCCCACCCGGCCAGUGCAGGUAUGGAACGAACAGCAGCCCAGGAGAGAAGACUGUAACAACGUCAGACCUGAGGACUGGAACCCCAGAAUCCCUGUGGGCAUCUCUCCUAUCCCCGAAUCCAGAAAACCCGGCAGCAUCACCUUGUUUUCCAACCCUUUUGCUGACACUCCUUAUCCUGCCCAGGUGAAGGCCUCUCCGCUCCCCGGCGAGUGGAACGGAAAGACGGAGAGCUGCAUCCUCAACAUCAACUCCUCCAUCUAUGACGAGAUCCAGCAGGAGAUGAAGAGGGCCAAGGUUUCGCAGGCUCUGUUUGCCAAGGUGGCUGCCUCCAAGAGUCAGGGCUGGCUGUGUGAGCUUCUGCGCUGGAAGGAGGACCCCAGCCCGGAGAACCGUACGCUGUGGGAGAACCUGUCCAUGAUCCGCCGCUUCCUGAGCUUGGCCCAGGCAGAGCGUGACGCCAUCUACGAACAGGAGAGCACGGCCGGCCAGCAGCAGCACCACGCCGACCGGCCCCCGCACACAAUGCACAUGUCCACUGACCCCAUGCAGAACCCAACUCUGAUGUAUAUGUCCCACACAGACCCACUACAGUCUCAGACCCAUCAACCGCCACAGCAGCAGCACCAGCUCCCCAUGUCCCUCCAGCACCCCUCCCAGCCUCCACUGUCCCAGCAGCCCAUGCAACAGCAGCAGCAGCAACCACCCAUGGGCCCCCGACUGCCCCCUCGCCAGCCCUCCACCGCUUCCCCGGCAGAGACAGAGGACGAGGGCCGUGGUGGCGGAGGCACCAAGGCUCGCUCCGGCGGGGGCAAGAUCUCCCAAGAGGCCCUAGGCAUUCUACAGAGCUUUAUCCAGGAUGUGGGGAUGUACCCAGACGAGGAGGCCAUCCACACCCUAUCGGCCCAGCUGGACCUGCCCAAGCUCACCAUCAUCAAGUUCUUCCAGAACCAGCGCUUCUACGUCAACCACCCGGCCAAGCCGCCCAAGGAACCCAGCAACAGCAGUAGCAGCAGCCCUGCCUUCGAGGAGGAACUGUCGGAAUUCAGGGAGGGCAGCGCCGAGCUGCUGAAGGAGCUGGAAGAGAGCACACAGACCAACAGCACCAUCUUCUCCAUCAAGAUCGAGGAGCACCUGGCCCGCUCUGAGGCCCUCUCAGAAUCUGACCACGAGUCCAAGGAGUAGAGAGAGCAGCCCCCAGUCUGAACACUGUGCUAAAAGAGUAGUGUUGCUAUACACACAGAGACUGAAUGCAAUGCUAAAGGGUAAUGGUCUGGCUAGCGCAGUGCGGCCGCUGCGAGAGAAAAGAGUAGUGUUUUUAUCAAUGCAGAGUCUGGACUCUAUGCGUACGAUUAGCGUUUAUAUAUCAAUGCAGACUGAAAGGCUACGCAACGCUAGCAUUCUCACGCUGGAAACCCUCCAUUUCCACAGACUACAGUAAUACGAAUAAGUAUUGCUUUUUCUGAUUUUGUAAAACUUGUAUUAUUCACUGUAAAGACUGAUGCAUCAUUUAAAUAACCUGCACAAAAAAAUAUUUGAAGUAUGUUGCCGUGGAUAUUUGCUGACUGCACUUAAUGUCUGUUGUUUUACACUGAUUUCCUUUCUUUUUGAGCUACUGAUAUUAUAAUAAAAAGCCCCCAUGGAGUUUGAUAGGAUAGGAGGUGUUUACGUAUGUGGUGUUAACUGGAUUUUUUCAAAUGCAUAUGAAAUCGAGGAACAAGUGGAUGACAAGGCCUUAAUGAUGAGGUACUACGUCUGGAAGCCUGCUGGCAAAUUAGUUAUUCUUUGAAAAAGCGAAAAACAUGACAGUGAUUACGGAUCACUCAAACUCUGGAACCCAAAACGCACCCCAAGUGCGUCGCCGAGAAUAGCUCAAUCGUUACAUAUUAUUUGUUAGGAAGAAAUAUAAAUAUAUAUAUAGACAUUAUAUUAACUGUAAAAAAAAAAUACAGUCUUAAAGAAACUAUGCCAAUAAAUGCCUUGUACUAUAUGGCACUGCCGAUUAGAUUAUUUUGCAAAACCUUUGUCACUGUAACUUUUUGAAUCUGCCACACAGUUUAAAAAUGUGAAUCACAAACUCUGUUUUUUGUUGUCUUCUACAUUAUUUAUUUGCAGUUCAUGCAGUGUUUCUGAUGUAAUUACUUUUUUUGGAAAGUUUGUUACAUAGAGCUUUUUUUUUUUCACUGAUCCUUUUCUAUUUAUAAAUGUAAUUUUGAUGGGCAGUAAAAACAAAAAGUGUCUUAACGUUUUAAAUGGAAAAUGUGCUUUAAAGGUUGCCUAUAAAAGUGCUGUAUGUCAAGCAACUCAUGCUACAAGCUUCACAAUUAAUGUUGUAUGCAAUUUUUACUAUCAUGCAAAUAAGCAUAGGUAAAUUACUAACCUAUAGAACACCUUAGAGAGAAAAACAUAUGCAAUCUGUGUGAAUAUUGAUGUCUGCAAUGUGUCUUCCUUUGGUUAACAAUCCAAUUCAAGCUAUUCCUGUAUAAAUAUCCUGUAUACAUUUUUUCUUUCUUUUUUAUGAGUUUAUUUCAAUGAGAACAUCAGUUAUUUUGUUACAACUGACUGUUUUAUAAGUGUUUCUCGGUUUCUUUAUGCAGAAAUUGUCUAACUAGGAGUGAUUCUUUAUUGUUAAUUACACAAUUAAACUGUUUGUAUUGUA